AUGGUUUCAAAAAAGCAACUAAAAGGUGUCCUUCCUAUGCAAACAUCGUCACAUUGCAGCGACACUAUUGGGGACAAUAUAGAUACAAACAGGCAACAAAAUGGUACCUCCCCUCCUCUCCAUCCGGACGAUCCAGCGUCUAGCUCGACCCGCGGGUUCCCGAUCCUCCUCCCAGAUCGUAUCAGAAUCAUCCCGUACAUUGGCGCCGUCUGUGGGGACCUGCGACGAUCGAGCGAGAUGGAGGGCAUCUUGGACGAAAAUCCAUCGAGCCAAGACGACUCCGCACCACGUCAUCCCACCCCAGAGCAACAGGAAGUCAUAAACCAAGCCCGGAUGGCCAGCACCAUCCACCGAACAAACGAGCACAUGGUCACAGAUCCACAACAUCCCGAGCAAGCAAGGGACAAAGCGACACAGAUCAUUCAAGAUCUCUGCCUCCGAGUCCAGGAACUUGAAGGUAAACUCACCGACAAAGGAAAAUACGCCAACCAACACGGAAGCCAGACGACGUCCAGGCCACGAUCCUAUCGUGGAAGGUCGCCAACACGGCAACACGAGAGAAAAGAUGAUCGUAGCACUUCACGUAACUACCGACACGAAAGGUCGCCAGAACGGCGACACAGUAAAAAACACCACCGCAGUGCAUCCCACGACCUAAACCGUCAACACGAUUCGGACGAAGACCCCAGACAUCGGCACACAAAGCGCACAAGAAACGACCACGUCAUAAUGGGAGCCACGCCCUUCACAGAAAGAAUCUUAAAAGCAAAGCUCCCCAGAGGCUUCGACAAACCCACCGACAUGAAGUACGACGGAAUUAAAGACCCUCAAGAACACCUAACGGCUUUCGAAGCCAGAAUGAACUUGGAAGGAGCAUCCGACGCAGUCCGAUGCAGAGCCUUCCCGGUGACCCUUGCCGGACCAGCGAUUAAAUGGUUCAACGCCCUCUCGAACGGAUCCAUAACCAGCUUCCACGACAUCACAAGAAAAUUCAUGGCCCAAUUCACAACCCGAAUCACCAAGGCCAAACACCCCAUCAGCUUGCUAGGGGUCACACAAAAACAAGAAGAAUCUACAAGAAAAUACCUCGACCGCUUUAACGACGAAUGCCUGACGGUCGACGGACUCACGGACUCCGUUGCCAGCCUCUGCCUAACUAACGGACUUAUGAAUGAGGACUUCCGCAAACAUCUCACCACCAAACCAGUAUGGACCAUGCACGAAAUCCAGAACGUCGCCAAAGAUUACAUCAACGACGAGGAGGUUAGCCAGGUCGUCGCUGCCAACAAGCGGCAGCACGGCAACCCGACUCCCCGUCAUAACCCUCCACCCAAAGAAAACCAACGAGACCACCUCAAGCCGACCCACCGACCACCAAGAAUAGGAAAAUUCUCCAAUUACACCCCCCUAACAGCACCGAUUACUGAGAUAUACCACCAAAUAGCAGAUCGAGGCGUCAUCCCCAAAGCCCGACCACUCAAGGAAAGAACAGGAGGAAACAAAGCCCUCUACUGCGACUACCACCGAGGUUACGGACACAAAACACAAGAUUGCUUUGACCUUAAAGACGCUAUCGAACAGGCCAUACGAGACGGCAAACUCCCGGAGUUCGCCAAAUUCAUCAGAGAGCCAAGGCGUGCCAACAUCGACAAGUCACCAGAAAGAGAAGGGCGCAACCCAAGAACCCAAAAGCCGCCCCUCAGGGAAAACCCCGAAGAGGAUCCGACCAUCAUAGUGAACGUCAUCACGGGCAAGGACGUACCAAACAAGUCAAAGCUAACAAUGAAAAAGGACCUCAAAAUAAUGGCCGUCAGGCACCGCGACCCAGUCACCAUAGCCGACGGCACGAUAACUUUCUUACCGGAAGACUGCCAACACGGCACGUCGGCCGAAGACGCUCCCUUCGUCAUAUCAGCCCGAAUCGGAAUAGGGCUAGUAAGAAGAAUAUUGGUAGAUACGGGCGCCGACUCUAACAUCCUUUUCCGAGGAGCUUUCGACAAACUCGGGCUCCACAACGACAACCUCCAAACACACCGUCACGGCGUCACGGGCCUCGGAGACAACUUCCUCAAACCAGACGGGUCGGUUACCCUUCCCAUCACCAUAGGAACAAGCAAUCAGAGAAAGACGAUCUUGUCCGAAUUCGUAGUCCUAAAGGACUCCACAUCCUAUAACGUCAUUCUUGGGAGGAAAACAAUCAACGACUUCUCCGCAGUCAUCUUUACCAAAUACCUCCUCAUGAAGUUCAGGGCCGACGACGGCACCAUCGGAACCAUUCACGGAGACCGGGAAGUCGCGGCCGAAUGCGACAACAAUAGCUUAGCCCUAAGAAAGAAAUCCCGGGACGCAGCCGGAAUAUUCCUUGCCGACCUAGACGCACGACUAGACGGCCAACCUAGACCGGAACCAGAAGGAGACAUGGAAAAACUACAGAUAGGGCCAACCAAAGAAGAAUACACUUUCAUCAACAGAAACCUCCCAUACGACCUCAAAGAAGAACUCUCCCAACUUCUGAAACAAAACAGAGACUUAUUCGUAUUUACACCAGCCGACAUGCCGGGAAUAAGCCCCGACCUUAUGUCUCACCAUCUGGCGGUGGACCCCCUAGCCAAACCAGUGGCACAAAGAAGACGAAAAAUAUCACCAGACCGAGCAACCGAAGUCCGAAAACAGGACGCCUUCCCCCUACCAAACAUCGACGGGCUAGUAGAUGCGGCAUCCGGUCACCGAUACCUCAGCUUCAUGGACGCAUAUUCCGGCUACAACCAGAUCCCGAUGCACCAACCAGACGAAGAAAAAACAGCAUUUAUCACCCCAGACGGAACGUACUGCUAUAGAGUAAUGCCCUUUGGCUUAAAAAAUGCUGGAGCCACCUACCAGCGACUCGUUAACAAGAUAUUUCGCAACCUAUCCGGAGACAAAAUAGAAGUUUACAUUGAUGACAUGCUCGCCAAGACGGAAUCCGGGGAACAACUAACCGACGACCUCAAGGUAAUAAUGGACACCCUGCGAAAACACCAAAUGAGACUCAACCCAACAAAAUGUGCCUUCGGAAUGGAAGCAGGAAAAUUCCUCGGUUUCAUGAUCACACAACGCGGAGUUGAAGCAAACCCAGAAAAAUGCCGCGCCGUCCUCGAAAUGACAAGUCCCAAAAAUCUCAAAGAAAUCCAAAAACUCACCGGCCGACUAACCGCACUAUCCCGGUUCCUCGGGGCAUCGGCCCAAAAGGCAAUUCCUUUUUUCAAACUUAUGAAAAAAGGAACCCCCUUCAAAUGGGAAGCAGAAUGCGAAGAAGCCUUCCAACACUUCAAAAGGGUUCUAGCGGAACCUCCAAUCCUCGCAAAACCCCAAACAGGAGAAACACUAUACCUAUACCUCUCCAUAACGGAAGAAACAAUCGCCGCAGCACUCGUCCGGGAAAACGAGAAAAAAGAGCAGAAACCCAUAUACUUCAUAAGCAAGGUCCUUCAGGACACGGAAGCUCGUUAUUCACGCCUGGAAAAAUUAGCUUUCGCACUCCUUUCGGCGUCCCGACGGCUACGACAAUACUUCCAAGCUCACCCCAUAACGAUCCGGACCGACCAAGCGGUCAAACAGGUAUUACAAAAACCCGACCUAGCAGGAAGAAUGCUAGCAUGGUCCAUCGAGUUAUCCCAAUUCCAGGUCAGGUUCGAACCCCGGAACGCCAUCAAAGCACAGGCCUUAACCGAUUUCAUCGCCGAGAUGACACCGACCAAACCCACACCCGAACCAUGGAAACUACACGUCGACGGCUCAUCAAACUCCACUCACGGAGGUGCCGGAAUUAUACUCGAAAACCAAAACGGGAUCAUAAUCGAACAAUCAAUACGAUACGACUUUCCAGUAUCAAAUAACCAAGCAGAAUACGAAGCCCUCUUAGCAGGCCUAACCCUAGCCCGAGAAGUCGACGCAAAGGUACUCGAAGUAAAUACCGACUCCCAGGUUGUCUGCUCCCAAAUAAACGGAAGCUACCAAACCCGGGAUCCCCUACUCCAACUAUACCUCAACAAGGUAAAAGAAUUGAAGGAAGGAUUCGAAAACUUCACCAUACAACACGUCCCCAGAGAACGAAACGCCAGGGCGGACCUACUUUCCAAGCUAGCAAGUACAAAAUCGGGACACGGCAACAGAUCGCUAAUCCAAGAGGUCGUUAGGUCGCCUUCCGUAUCGGCAACGAUUAGCGCACAUCUAACAUCCUCAAAUCGGGAGUCCUGGACAUACCCAAUCCUUCAAUACCUCCUUAACGGAACCCUACCACCAGACCCAAAAGAGGAAAGGCGAAUAAAAAGGGAAGCCGCCAACUACACCAUCAUAGCAGGACAACUAUACAAACGUGGAUUCUCACAGCCCCUACUCAAAUGUGUUGAACCCGAGAACACGGAAUACAUACUCCGCGAGGUCCACGAAGGCUGCUGCGGUCACCACAUCGGAGGAAAAACGCUAGCUCAAAAAAUCAUCAGGGCUGGCUAUUUCUGGCCCACAAUCAUUCGAGAUUCCAUACAAUUAACAAAAAGCUGCGACAAAUGCCAAAGGCACGCCAAUAUGCACCAAGCCGCCCCGCAUCAACUCAGCAUUAUAUCGGCAGAACGGCCAUUCGGCAGUUGGGGAAUCGACCUAGUCGGGCCCUUCCCCACAGCACCCGGCCAACUCAGAUACCUCAUCGUCGCCAUAGACUACUACACCAAAUGGAUUGAAGCCGAGCCCCUGGCCUCCAUAACAGCGACCCAAUGUCGAAAGUUCGUGUGGCGGCAGAUCAUUACCCGAUUUGGAAUCCCCGAGGUCAUCAUCUCGGACAACGGAACCCAGUUCACCGACAAAAAAUUCAGAGAACUCCUAGAAGGAUUACACAUAUCCCAUCGCUUCAGCUCGGUAGAACAUCCCCAAACGAACGGACAGGUAGAAUCCGCCAACAAAAUAAUCGUUAAGGGACUCAAGAAACGACUCGACGAAGCCAAGGGACUGUGGGCAGAAGAGUUAGGGUCAGUACUAUGGUCGUACCGAACAACACCCCAAACGAGCAUGGGAGAAACGCCCUUCCGACUAACAUACGGCGUGGAAGCAGUCAUCCCAGUGGAAAUCGGAGACCCCAGCCCCAGGAAAACGGUCGGAGGUAACGACGAAGAAGCAGAACGAGACCUCGUGGACGAAGAAAGAAGCAUAGCUCACGUCAAAGAGUUAGCAUUCAAACAAAGAAUCAGCGUAAGGUACAAUCACGGCGUCAUCCGACGAGAAUUCGCGGAAGACGACCUCGUCCUACGACGAAACGAUAUCGGCCUACCGACCCCAGGAGAAGGAAAGCUCGCCCCCAACUGGGAAGGACCAUACAGAAUCAAGGCCGUAAUCGGAAAAGGAGCGUAUAAACUCGAACGACUAGACGGCAGCGAAAUACCGAGAACUUGGAACGCAGCCAACUUGCGAAGAUACUACACUUAA